GAGCGCGUGAAGGCGGUGUCGGGGGCGGAAGUGCUUUCAGCGGAAGUGACAUUUGCGCGAAUCGUGGGUGGGAUGACAGCGGGCCGGCUCUUUCGAAGGCUCCUGCGAGCACCCUCCACUUCCAUGGCUCAGAGCCCACUCGAGAGCGUGCCCCCCUUCAGGGCCCUGCACGGGGAGCGCGGGCUCCGAAGGCUCUCCAUCGAAGGCAACAUUGCUGUGGGAAAGUCCACCUUUGUGAAGUUACUCACGAAAAGUUACCCAGAGUGGCACGUAGCUACAGAGCCUGUAGCAACAUGGCAGAAUGUCCAGGCUGCUGGGACCCCAAAAGCCAGCGCUAUCCAAAAUCUUGGAAACUUGCUGGAUAUGAUGUAUCAGGAACCAGCACGAUGGUCCUACACAUUCCAGACGUUUUCCUUUAUGAGCCGCCUGAAAGUACAGCUGGACCCCCUACCUGAGAAACUUGUACACACCAACAAGGAGGUACAGAUCUUUGAGAGGUCUGUGUACAGUGACAGGUAUAUCUUUGCAAAGAAUCUUUUUGAAAAUGGUUCCCUCACUGACAUCGAAUGGCAUAUCUAUCAGGACUGGCAUUCCUUUCUCCUCCAGGAGUUUGCCACCAGGCUCAGAAUACAUGGCUUCAUCUACCUUCGGGCUACCCCCCAGGUUUGUUUGAAGAGACUCUGCCGGAGGGCCAGGCAAGAGGAGAAGGGGAUAGAGCUGGCCUAUCUAGAACAGCUUCAUGGUCAACACGAAGCCUGGCUUGUUCACAAGACUACCAAGCUACACUUUGAGACUCUGCUGAACAUUCCAGUGCUGGUGUUGGAUGUCAAUGAUGAUUUUUCUGAAAGUGGAACCAAACAAGAAGAACUCAUAGAAAAGGUAAACACCUUUGUAAAGAACCUGUAACCAUGUUCUGGAAUGUUCUAUCUCUCUGACUUUCUGAAGCUAGAAAUAUACUCAAGUAUCCCAUGUUUCCAUCCCUACUCCCAUCCCUUUUUACCUAGCUCUAGAGUGCUGUGACACUCAUUGCAUGGCUUGUGAACUAGACGUUGCCAUUGUUUUAUAUCUCAAGGACUGCUAAAAUAAAGUGUGUUUAAGUUUU